GCACGUUCCAAUAUUUCCCUCUGAGACUCUCACGAUGCUGCAGCUGCUGACGUUCCUGGUGGAGAAGUUCUCUCUUCUCUCCAACUUCAAACUUUUCGAGUCCAGCUGGUUGGACGGUGAGUGUCCCGCGCAGCGCGCUCCAGCGCCGCCGCUCCGGAGAGGAGACCUUCUGGAGGUCCCCAGAACCAUCUUCACUCACUUUGGCAUCUAUUUAGGCGACAAUAAAGUCGCCCACCUGAUCCCUGACAUCCUCCCUGUGUUUACCAACAAUAACAAGCUCAUCAGCUCCGUCAUCACCAACAACAGACUCAUCCUCGGCUGCAUAUACAAGCGCGCCACGGUGCGCGUUGACACUUUGGAGGACUUUGCGUAUGGCUCCAACAUACUGGUUAACCGCAUGGAUAAGAUGAUGAAGACGCAUCCGUUUCCCAACGAGACAGUCGCCAAGAGAGCUGAGAAACUCCUCGGGGCUUUCCCGUACAGUCUGCUGUGGAAUAACUGUGAGCACUUCGGGACUUACUGCAGAUAUGGAACUUCAGCCAGUCGGCAAACAGAAAAGUUGUGUCAGUGCCUGAAGUCCAUCAUCAGAGACCAGCGCAGCGUCAUCGUUUCAUGGCUGCUUGGAAUCGUCUCCAUCGUCUGCUUUGGAAUGGCCCCUUCAACUAUUUUACCCACAGUUCUUGUUCCCUUCACUCUGUGGAUGGCUGGUUAAAAGAAGCCACCUCAAGGAACCUGUAAAGAAACUGAACUUUUACUUGGUACAGAAGACAGACUGGAAACCUCCCCGUAAUACAUGCUCUCUCGUCAUGCAAUUCUGCUUUUUAGUUUUCCUGUCCAGACAGAUUUGACUUUUUUGUGUUGUAACAUGCAUCAAUCAUUUCUUUUUGUAUUCCCAAAAAAGUCUGAGGAAACACACAUCUCUGAUAUAAGAUUACAUUGCUAAUCUAAAUUGUUAUGUUUGAGUUGUCACAAAACUGAGCAGUGAACUAAAUCUAAAACAUGAUGUAAAGAUGCUUAUAGGGGUUAUUUUAUAGUUUGCUAAAUAUGAAGCUGUGAAUAUGACAAUUGCUUAAUAAACAAUUUAUUUUUA